AUGGCUAAUCAAUGUUCCUCAUUCGUGGUCGUGUUUUUCAUGCUUUCACAACUGUUGAAUAACGUUGCCAGUCAACGGUGUGGAAACGGUAGCGACCUUUACUCCAUUUACGAAAUGAUGCUCAAGGGUCACACGUUUAAGACCUUCAAAACUACACCAGGUACGCUGGAAUGCCGCGAAGCUUGCCUCGCUGAUUUCAGAUGUCAAAGUUAUAACGUCCUCAUGUUUAUUUCAAUUUGCGAGUUAAACAACAGGACAAGGGAAACCAGACCGGAAGACUUUGUUCAAGACAAAGAGAGAUACUAUAUGGCGAAAGGAUCAAGACGAGUCCCUCUCGGCUCUAUCCCUGAGCUGCCUGCUGAUUCAUGUAAAGAGGCUCAGGCGAGUGAAGGAGGACAAGCACUCAGCGCUAAUUAUUGGUUGGAUUCCACUAGAUCUGGGAACUCUAUUCUAGCUCGUUGCGACAUGAAAACAGAAGUUGCAGAUUACUGCAUUAAACACGAAUGCCAAAACGGUCACUUGAACUACACCUGUGUUUGCAACUCAUCCGGGUGGACAGGAAACCAUUAUGAACAAGAAUGUUCGGCACCUCUUGGUAUGGAAAGUCGCCACAUCAAAGACUCUCAAAUCACUGCAUCUUCACAAAGGGAUGGAAAUCAUGCAGCAAUCCAAGGAAGAUUGAACUUUAAGGCUGGUGGAGGCAAAAAAGGAGGAUGGUCGGCUCACUCGAACAAUGGAAAUCAAUGGAUCCAGGUGGCUCUUGGCAGUUACACUAAAUUAACAGGUAUAGCGACACAGGGAAGGAAUGCUCACAACCAAUGGGUAACGGCGUACAAGCUGCAGUACAGUGAUGAUGGAAUGAACUUCUACUACUAUAAAGUACCAGGACAUAGUUCACCAAAGACAUUGGAGGGAAAUAAAGACAGGGACAGUGUUGUUUAUCACAAGCUGAACCCACCAAUCCAAGCUCGUUAUAUAAGACUCCGACCAACAGCUUGGUAUUUUCAUAUAUCAUUAAGGAUGGAGCUUUAUGGUUGCCGAGGUUCCCAGUCUUAGCUUUCCGGAGGCUCUGUCCGCUGACAGUCGUAAAAAGAAGCUUCAGACUCAUUUACACUUGGACUUGACCAGGACUUGAAUCAUUGAACGAUGUUGGAGCUGGGCAUUCGUGUACAGGAUGUCUCACAAGUUCGUGUCCGUUUUACUAAAAGCCUAGAUCUUACUUAUUUUCGCAUCCUGGAAGCCGUAUUUCUAAAAAUGAUUAAUAGCCGGUUUUACUUACUUACUAAGAUUUAAAAUAAUUUUCCUGCAUUACAGAAACUAUUUGGCCAACCGACUAAUAAAAUUCUCAAGAGCACUCGCUUUUCUCAUAAAUAUUUUUCUUUCCUUAAUUUUUAACACGGUGUCGACUUGCAACGAGUUAGAAACAAGCUUUUUUCUUUCUUUCUUUUGAUCUGCAGCGCCUUUUCAUUUCAAGGUUGCUGCUUUGUGAAGAAAUGUUUAAAUCCUUUAAAUCCACUUAACUCUUGUGCAUCUCCAGCGUUUGUCAUACUUACUAUUUUGUAAGACAUGAUGAGAAAACUCACACUUCCAUGGACCCGAGUAGUUUUUAGGUCGUCUUUAGAGGAGCUAAGAUAGUUUGAGUACUUUUGUUAACGUAGAAAGUCGUUCGAAAUAGAAGAAAACCGCUAAACUAAUUUGGUGAGUUAUACAAACACCUUAACUUCCAGCUCAUUUCUUGAAGACGAAGAUCGGUUUAGGUUGGCCACAUUAAAUGGCUUUGGACAUUGAAAAUUAACUGAAAUAAGUUUUUGAGGUAUUUGGGAUUAAUUCGAGGUCUUAAGAGAAGGGUUUGAUAUACUACUAUAGAGUAAUGCGUAAAUCUGACCUACUGCCCUACACAACCGCUUUAUUGGAUUAGAAUGAACUUAAAUAUGUAUAUGAGUUGUUGACCAAGCGUAAUGUCAAGAUGGCUGGAUAUUGGCAGAGUUCUUUUUUGGCGUUUUUAUGGAUCGAGACGAAGUCAAUAAAGGAUUUGCUAUUUAGCAAAAAUGUUUCGUUUCAAUA